AUGGCGGGGCGGCGGCGGGCGCUGCUGCUGCGCUGCCUCCUGCUGGGGCUGCUGGGCGGCGACGGCGGGGGCCAGCCCGGCGGCGGCGAGUACUGCCACGGCUGGGUGGACGGGCAGGGCGGCUACCACGAGGGCUUCCAGUGCCCCGAGGGCUUCGACACGGCGGCCGCCACCAUCUGCUGCGGCUCCUGCGCGCUGCGCUACUGCUGCGCCGCCGCCGAGGCCCGCCUGGAGCAGGGCGGCUGCACCAACGACCGGGAGCCCCCGGACCCGGGAGUCACCGCCCAACCAAUCUACGUUCCGUUCCUCAUUGUUGGAUCAAUAUUUAUUGCCUUCAUUAUCGUGGGCUCUCUGGUAGCGGUUUAUUGUUGCACAUGUUUAAGACCUAAACAACCGUCGCAGCCAAUACGAUUUUCUCUGCGGAGCUAUCAGACCGAGACUCUUCCCAUGAUCCUGGCCUCGACAAGCUUCAGGACGCCGUCGAGGCAGUCCAGUACCGCGACAAGUUCCAGUUCGACUGGCGGCUCGGUUCGCAGGUUCUCCUUUCCCCGGGCAGAGCCAGGUUGCCUUGUGGCAUCGCCACCUCCACCGUACACAUCUGGCUGCUUCCAGACAGCCCACGCAGUCCACCUGACCCAGCCGUCGGGAUUUCUGGUGUCGCCGCCGUACUUUGGGUAUCCUCUCCAGCCAGAGCCUGCCCUGGCUGGGAAGAGCUGCUCCGAUUUUAGUCAGAGCUGAAAGGAGUUGUGAAGAAAUAACGCAGCCUUCGGAAGCGCAGGGAGUGCUGCUGUUGGGUGUCACGCUGACAUGCUCUGUGGCUGCCGAAAUCAGAACCGUUCCCGUGGGUGAGUUGCCCUUGAAAAGUGCAAGGUCUCCUGUGGGAUCUCGUUUCCCAAACUUGGAUCACACUUACAAAUGAAUUGUAAAAUAUUCCAAACAGUUGCUCUAAAAACUGACUGCUCUGAUCGUUCAGUCUAAUGUGUGCAGAAAGUGUUCAGAGACAAGUAGGAAAACCAUUCUGGGAUGAAGGUACGCAUUUCAUGGUGUUAUAAAUGACAUUUUAACCCUAAAUGCUAUUAACUUAGUUAACAAAUGGUGGCUGUGUUCCACUGAUAAUAAUCAGACUAGUUCUAUAAAGCAGCAAUAAGCCUGAGAAGUAAGAGAGGAGUAAUAUUUACUAAAGAGGAUCCUGAAAACAGCUGACUGCUUCCCACUUCCACGAGCAAUGAAAAUAAGAGGAAGAAUUUUACUACAGAUAUCAAAAUGCGUAGCUUUUUAAAAUACACAUAAUAUACCUGAACUUACACUGCAUAUUUGUAUUAGUAAACUUUAACGAUAGAUAAAACUAGUACUAAUUAGGCUAGUUGAAAAUGAGCCAAUCCCAAGCAGCCAAAUAACUAACUAUGAGAAAAGCAGAAUGUAUUCAGCAGUAUCACUAAUAACUUUUCUGCGUAAAAUUCUAAAAGUGGCGUUAUAUUAAAACAUUUUUCAGAAUGAAGUAUUUAUUGUUGGGUUUUUGCUCAGCAACAUGUGUAAGUUGGACAAACUGAUCAUAAAGUUCUAUUUGUAAAAUUAGCCAUGUAUAAAAUGUAAAGACAAGCUUGUAAUUUAAAAUGUAUUUACAGCAUUGACAACACUAAUUAUUUAGUAGUCACACCAAAAAAAAUUUUAUCAAUAA